AAACGAGCCAGUUAACGGAACAGCGCGCCAGCUUGGCGUUGCGUGGUUGCGUCACCCGCAUACGCCCACUUCACCCAACAGUUGGCGCGAUCGCGAGCUCCCCUUUGCGUGCGUGUCCGGGACAACCGCGCGUGGACCAACGCACGAUAAAAGCGUGCUGCGUGAGAGGCGAUAAGGCACGGGAAGCUAAACUUCGAUAUGUGAUGUCUCGGAACGAGAUAUCAGCUGGACCGUGUCGCCCGCCUGGGUGUACCGGACACUUCGACGGCGCUCGACCGAUCGGCGGUUUCACGGCGACGAUGCGGCGAACUCCAUUGGCGUUGUUGCCGACGGUGCUACAGCUGUCAUUCGUGGCGGCCGCUUCGAUCACGGCUCCCACGGACGACUCGGGGCCCCCGAUCGUGGCGUCGAGCGUCGAAGACGCCUUCGCCCAGUACGUCGCCCGGUACAACAAGAGCUACGAGCCUGGCAGCGAAGAGCACGAACGGCGGUUCGCCGCUUUCCGUGACAGCCUCGAACGAAUCGCGCGCCGCAACGCGACGGGCGACACUGCGCGCUACGGACUGACCCGCUUCUCGGACUUCACGCCGGACGAGUUCCGCCGCAACGUCCUGUCGUCGCCUCCGGCAGACCUAGACGAAAUUGUUCGGCAGCUCUUCCCCGACCUGAGGCCACUAGGCGACGACAACGACAUAGGCCCGCUCCUCCUACAACCUGUCGAUCCGAAGAAGGUGCCCCCGGUGCGGGGUCGAUACCCGGACCACUUCGACUGGCGCGACCGCAGCGCCGUCACGCCCGUCAAGAACCAGCAAAACUGCGGCGCGUGUUGGGCCAUCAGCACCGUCGAGAACGUAGAGAGCAUGUACGCCAUCGCGACGGGCAAGUUGUUCGAGUUCAGCGUCCAGCAGAUGGUUGACUGCUCCAACAACUCCAACCACGGCUGCAACGGAGGCGACACCUGCGCCGCCAUGCAGUGGCUCCGGCAGAACCGCAUCAAGCUCGUCACCGAGAGCUCCUACCCCUUCACCGCCUCCACCGGGAAAUGUCGAAGCACCACAAGCGACGUCACCACCGAGCUCAUCGACUACACCUGCGAGAGGCUUGUGGGCAACGAGGAGCGGAUGCUGGACCUCAUCGCCAACGUUGGACCUCUGGCCACAGCUGUGGAUGCCACAGCAUGGCAGGAUUACCUGGGCGGUAUUAUUCGGUACCACUGUGACACCGGAAGAAACCAUGCGGUGCAGGUGGUCGGGUAUGACCUGAGGGGCGAGGUGCCGCACUACAUUGUACGCAACUCCUGGGGUGCCCAGUUCGGUCAUGGCGGCUACUUGCACGUAGCCAUUGGCAAAAACCUCUGCGGCAUUGCAGAAGAGGUCUCGACGGUUACCAUUAAGAAGCCGCCAGGGUAACUUGGUCUUCAGUCACCCAUGACAAAUCAGAUCGACAGCGGCCUCAAAACGGAGAAGGUUUUAUGUAAGAAAACCAUUGCCAUUUGUACAACAUAGAAUGUAUACAUCUAUAUAGCUGCCGAAAAAACCCAUACAGCUUUCUCUGGAAGAAUGCUUUGAAUAUGAACAAGAAGUUGUUCCGACCUUGUCUGGAAGUCUAUCGCAGUUUAAAUAUUUUUCCAGGGUAGUCACAAAUUUAUCCUUCCAGAGAAAGAUCACUUUUUCUUGAACAACAGAGUUUAGCUUAGCUUUCUGGAAAAACCGCAUGAGUAUUCUUUGUUCUCUUGUGGUAUUUUCAAGGCCAUGAAAAUAUUUCCCUUUCGUGCCAUCUAUCAACGACUGAGAACAGGCGACACAACUACACAAGGAAGAUCAAACAUUUGUUUAUGAAGCACAAAACAAUAGGCAUCAUAAUAGGUGUGUUGCUUCAAGAUCAGCUGGACAAGAUAUAAUGCUUCUUUGUUUUAUUCUUUGACAGAAUUUCAUUUGCAGAACACCUCAUGAAGAAAUCAGUUACUUUUUCCAUUGUGAAUGCACACGUUCGUAUUUACAGGACUGAUAAGAGUGUAGGAACACUGUGCUCCUGUUAUUUUCAACUCGCAGUGCAUGCAGAAACAAUUCACACAUAACACAAAAGAAUGGCAUACAGCACUAACUCACCACUAAAAUGUUUACUGGCGGUAUGUGUGAUAUAAACACCAGAAUACCUAUGCUUUAAAGGGGUAAGAAACUAACAAUGCAUACUAUAAAUAAUAUAACGAAGAGUUAUCUACAAGUUACAUAGGUUGCUAUAGAAAGUGUAUCACUUAGCCAGUUAAUGUUCGUGCUGUUUUUUUUUUCUUUUAAAAGAUUAGCUUCACUGGUAUUUUUUAUUUCACACGUAGCAUUGACAAGUUGUGGUUGACUUAUCAACUUUACACGUGGUUGACCUUGCGUUGCGUGUGUGCGAAAAUAUUUUCUUGCAUUUCGUGACGGUGUACGAAGAUCACUAAUCAAAAUGUCAUCCUGGUGAAGUCUUGCUUUUGCUGAGAGCCCAUAGAAACAACACUUGUACCUUAGUGAUUGUUGGUGGCUACAGUAUUCUUGUACAAUCUUCUGUGCACCACUUUCUAGUAUAAUAAUGGUACGAGAAGGUCAUCAAGAUGGCCACUCACACGACAGAAAGCUAGAUUUACCAACGAACAAAAUUAACCAGCAGUGUUUGCCUAACUGCUGUCUGCAUACGUUAGCAUGAACAAGGAGGAUUUCCGCCGGGUAAAAUCAGUCACAACGACAUGCAUACCUGACCAGAGGUUACGAACAAUGGAGCCUGUUUUGUGUGCUCUAGAUUUUUACCUUAUCAAUGGGUAACAUUAUCACACCUGACCUUAGUGCAACACUGAAAGAGGCUGUUGUUUACUCUAAAUGAAAGGUUAUUCAUUGCUAGCACUGUAUAAUAAUUGAGAUAAUAAUGAACAAUAAUUCAUUUGAAUGCAACAGUGAGUGCCACAAACUAAUUUAGCAAUACAACGUAGCCCCGGAUUCUGUAAGACAGACCUUCAGGUUAGAACAGAAUGUAAAGUCGAAAAACGUAUUUUGGUAAUAUAUAUUGAUAACCGAUUUUUCGUGCAAUCCUUUCUCUCGGCCUUUUCCCAAAGACCAUUGCAUCUUCUUAUGCAGCAUUUUUUUUUUUUACUAAGUUCCACGGCUACUUGUUGCAAGGGAUUUCAAACAGAAAUAGACAAGAAAUCCAAGCAAGUAACAUUUAUCAAAGUGUAGCCACUGGUUCUCUUCUCAACAAGGCCACAUAAAUGGCCAGAAUUUUUUUCAGAGUUCCAUCUGUAAAUGCUCAGCCCUUUCAGCACAAGCUCAAAUAUAUUCUCUUUCUGAAGUGAAAACUCCGGCCUUCUUUUGUGGCCUAAAAUGUAUGUUCGUACACAAGUAGAGUGGUUAGAGUGUGCUAAAGGACGUUCAUUUGCUCGUGACUUCACAUUAGCGUGUUAUUACAUAAAUUAUGAUACAUAGAAUGAAAGUAAAAUGUUCCAAGUACAAUGAGAUUGCUAAUUUUUAACGAGUUGCAAAGAUACAAAGCCUACUCUUUAUUGCCGCUGUGAGCUUUUGUUAUUCACUACAUAGCUAUUUGUUCCUUUUCCUUGGGUUCUUGGGUUUCCUUGGGUUCCUUGGGUUUAGAACAAGUUCUAAACAGUGUUCUUUUUUUUUUUUUCAUAAGCUGUAUUCAUAUUAUCGCUACAUAUUUUCUGCAUGUCCACAAGUCUGUGCUCUUUGCCCAUUGCACUUUAUAAGAAAAUGUCUAAACAGAGACUGAAUUUUUGGAAUAACGUAGUCAAAGCCAUAUAUUGAUUGGUAAGUUUGAUUUUGCCCUUCUCUAGUGAGUUAAUACUGUAUUGUAGCUUUUCUUGAUUGUAUUGCGUAGGUAAUUUCGAAUUCCCACAUUGUAGUGGUUGUCAGGCAAUCCAAACUCAUUUGUUUAAGAUUGUCAUACAGAAAAUGCAAAAUGCGUAUUUCACGCUUGUUCUGUCAAAGCCGAAAAGCUUUACAGAACCUAUAAUUAGGUGUGCUUGUUCUGCUGCUGACCAUAUAACCAAUAUGCCAUGUUGAUUCUGCUUGCUGCCUUCUCUGCAGCAGCCUUCCUUGUAUCUCCUGUACAUGUACCUGCAGAGUAUGGCAUGCUGUGACCAUAGGACAAUGUUGUGGCCUCAUAUGUGUAACUGACGUGAUAUUGAACUGAAAGGAAAUAUUUAAUGGAUGAGUUUUCUGUUGCCAUGUACACAAAGAGGGCAAAAAAAGAAAACUGUUGUAAUUUAGCUCUAAAUGUGGAAGGACCUUCGUGAUUGCUUGCCCAUUAGUGUUCCACUCGUCUCCACCACCACCCUUCUCCAAUUCCUGGUUGCGUACCUUAGCUGCCGUUUUUUUAAUGAAAUAUUUGUGGCAUAAAAUGAGAAUGGAAUAAAAAAAGAGAAAAGAUUGGAUGGGACCAGGUUGCUGCCACGAAUCUUUCGUUCAGCUAUCCAACAACUUGCCUAACCUUAUGCUCUGCUUAGCAGCCAUAAUCAGGGGAUGUAUUUUAUUCUACAAAUAUAUCAUGUAUAAUACUAAUAAGAACCUUGUGCAAAUUAACUUGUAAGUUUUGAUCGUAGUGACAGAUUUGUUUUGUGUAUAAUGCUUUCAGUGAAGAGUUAAUCUUACUUGAGCAGCCUAGCCCAUUCUUCAUUUCAUGGGACUAUGGAAAACAUACACUUCUGACCAAGAGCAAAAUACGAGUUCUUCAUAAAAGACUAGUAAUACAAUACAACUUGCAGUGUAAUGAAAUUUGCACAUUUUGCGAGUCAACACACAAUGUCCUUUAGGGCAAAAGUUUGGCUGUUCACACAUUUUCUCAACAUUGUUGCUUUGAAGUGCACCAGUUUUUGUGUUUUUUUUUCUUUGUGCACAUAAUGAUAUGAUGUAGGUGUCUAUCGAAGCACUCUUGAGAUUCUUUUUUUUUGAAAGCAUGUUUAUGAUUAAAUUAAACGCACCUCAGAAAUUUUGUACAAGUUACAACAUCUUUUCCUCAGCUCCGCAUCAUACUCAUUUAUCUCUUAUGUCUCGUGAAACGAGACUCGUAGCACAAUGAAAUGUGAGGUUCAAUCAGCUUUAGCUUUCCAGCCAGCCUUCUCUUUGCAUGAGUUGUAUUUUUUCAAUUAUGUGGGAUUAGGCUGAUGGUUUUAGUGACUUACAUUUACCAUUUAACACGACAUGGACAUAAAAAAAUAUGCCCCAUAGCUCCGCAGUUAGUCCACCUUAAAGAAAUGCUAAUAGAACAUGCGAAGUUGAAUUUGCAUUAACAGUCGUCCCUUCUGGAAUUAAAGAUAGUUGAGCCCUAUCAUGAAUGAAAGUAACGGCUGUCAGAAGGAAAGAAAAAAUGAAGGCAACAAAAUAUUGAAUGCUGUUUUCUUCAAUUUUCUGCGAGCUGCUCACUUAAGUCAAGCGCCUUUACUAACCUCUCCAACUUGCCAGACUUCUCAAACAGUUGAACUUCAUGCACCGGCUUCUAAAGAUGUCAAAGGCUUUCAGCAAUCCCGGUAGAGACGAUAUACUCAGAUUCAAACAACGGUCCCUUCCCACAAGGGUCUUGAACUUGUGAAAGAAUGGAAAAAUUUGUGGCAUCAUCGUUAAUUCACUGAUGCCAUAGUUUGGGUGCAUAAUUCAACAAGAAAGUGCUUGGCUUCUGCUUUGUCCAAUAAUAAUCCAUUUUUUCCUUUCUGUCAAAAAAAGAGGAUGUUGACUUUUCGCAACUCAAGCUAUUAAUUGAGGCUUCUAGAAUUUCUGUUUAGUAUAUCUUGAACUUCGGAAGCAAGCGACAGACUUAAACCUGAUGGGCUUAAUUAAUAAUGAGAUAGCUAAAAGUAGCAGUUUGAUUAUUAGCUGAUUACACUAGCUGAUUUUAAAAGGAAGAAAUGACAUUGGGCAGGUUAUGUGAUGAACAAGGCUAAUAAAAGCUAGUAAAUUGUUGUACUGAAGAUGCCAGUAGAAGAAAAACAGUCAGAAAUGGCAUACAAACAUGUCGUGUGACGAAAUUAGUUUGUUCCCAGAGAAAGGAAGAGGUGAGGUUGAUUUGAGGUCAACAGGAAAUGUUUUUGUCCUCAGGUGGACGACCAAUUGACACUGAUAAAUGUUGGUGUAGCCAAAGCAUCCAUUGUAAUUGUUCUAGAUUAGCUCCCGUUCUCGUAUGUUACAUGCUUGUGUAUAGCACGACGAGAGGCUAACAAACUUGGGUGGCUGCGGUGUUCCGUCGUAUCACAAGCAAUGGAUGGCAAUCUAGCUCACUCCUAUGCCUUGUUGAAACUGCCGCGCUGAAAAUGUUUGCAACAUCGUUUCACGCUGCCAGUAACGAAUAAUACUCGCCGCAUAUGCAGCCUUAUCCUUUUUUUGUCUCAUUUUUAAGGACUUUACAACGCUACAGAUAAGUCCUUGGCAUGCCACACAGCCCUAUUGUCACGAUGAAUGGCCUUCCAAAAUACGAUUCACUGUCAGGCCCUUUGCCUAAUGUCACAUGGCUGCUUAAAGCCCUCACAAUCAUGCACAAUAGUUUUAAAGGCACAACAAUGUUGUUUGACAAAACUUUUUUCCGGUAGGGUGAAUUACAGGAGCAUCGAAAACCUGCGAUCUGCCGCUGCAAAUGUGGCUGGAAGAAGUUUUCAGCCCGAUUCGGAGUUGACCCUACGUUAGCACAAUACUUGUUUUAUCACGCACCGAAGUGCACCUAGGAACAAGCAGUUUCUAACACGAGUCUUUUUGUAAAGGCCUAUGCUCAAUAUGUUGUUAGCCCAAAUAGUAUUUUUCAAUGUGCAGUUGGUAUUUGUAUGUGAGAGUUUACACCUUUUAACUAGCUGCUUUAAUAUGUAUACUCCUGGACAGAAAAUAAAGAUGCCUUUAUGUCAUCAACUU